AUGGCACAGGCUCAAGGUUUGGGGAAGAGAUACAUGAAAGCCUUUUUUAAAGGUUUCUUUGUUGCUGUUCCAGUAACAGUGACUUUCCUGGACAGAGUUGCCUGUGUGGCAAGAGUGGAAGGAACAUCAAUGCAGCCUUCUUUGAAUCCUGGGGGAAGAGAAGCAUCUGACGUAGUACUCUUAAACCACUGGAGCAUUCGAAAUUACGAUGUACAACGUGGGGACAUUGUGUCAUUGGUUCUUCUUACUCUACUGCCUUCUUUCAGGGCCUCUGAGAUAGGUAUUGAAGAGUCUGACAACUCCUAUGAUAUAAAUUUGAGCAAGUCUCCUAGAAACCCUGAACAGAAGAUCAUUAAACGAGUGAUUGCUCUUGAAGGAGACAUUAUCAAAACCAUUGGAUACAAAAAGAAGUAUGUGAAAGUUCCACAUGGGCAUAUUUGGGUAGAAGGCGAUCACCAUGGACACAGCUUUGACAGCAACGCUUUUGGCCCGGUUUCUCUUGGACUUCUACAUGCUCGAGCUACUCAUAUCCUCUGGCCUCCACAGCGCUGGCAGAAGUUACAACCAAUGCUACCUCCAGAGCGCAAACCACUUCACAGAGAGCAAGAGUGAUCCAAGUGUUCAGACAGAAAAUUAUUGAUGUGGAGUUUGACCAUGAAGAGCAUUGACCAAGUGUAAUUUGACAUCAGGUACCACACCAGCAAAGACGUGUGACAUCGUCAUGUUAAAAUGCCACCUUAAGUGUAAAGUUUCUUUGGUUUGUUCCUUGGUGUUUUUGAAGACUCUCAAGCAGUAGAGCAUUGUGCAUCAUUUUGGCUUGAAAUAAUCGGUUGUAAAAGGUCUGGGUGUUCAGUUUUUCUGGGAGUGUUAAUAUGCUUGACUUAAUAUGUCUGUA